AUGGCUUUCUUUAUGAAAACUAUGAUCAGCAACCAGGUAAAGAACUUAGGAUUUGGUGGCGGGUCUGAAGAAAAAAAAGAAGAAGGAGGGACCUCUGAUCCUGCAGCAGCUCAAGGCAUGACUAGAGAGGAAUAUGAGGAGUACCAAAAGCAAAUGAUUGAGGAGAAGAUGGAAAGAGAUGCCGCAUUCACACAAAAAAAGGCAGAGAGGGCAUGCCUCAGAGUCCAUCUCAGAGAAAAGUACAGGCUCCCAAAGAGUGAAAUGGAUGAGAACCAAAUCCAGAUGGCUGGAGAUGACGUGGAUUUGCCCGAAGAUCUCCGGAAAAUGGUAGACGAAGACCAGGAGGAGGAAGAGGACAAGGAUUCUAUUCUCGGGCAGCUCCAGAAUCUCCAGAACAUGGACUUGGACACCAUAAAAGAGAAAGCCCAGGCCACCUUCACGGAAAUGAAGCAGACAGCAGAGCAGAAGUGUUCUGUGAUGUAA